CUAUUGGCUCAAUUCAUUUUGGCCACAUCAGGUUCGAGCACCGUAUUUGUCCGAGUGAUCCCUCAUACCAUUUUACUUCGGUGGAGAGGUAUGGCGGUACUCGUCCAGGGUUUCGCGGCCGCUGUGCUGGCCUCCUUGUUUGGAGCGGGCCACGGACGGGGGUACCGCGGGCCAGCGGGGUGUCAGGCGAUCAGCACGCCUGGCAUGGAUGGCGCCCUCGGGAUCGAUGCCCAGCUGAUCCAGGUCACCGCAGGCGCAGACGAAAAUUCGAGCAGGGCCUUGCUCAGCAGGCGCGUCGCGUUCACGAUCGAGCUCGAGAUCCGGAAGAAGUUUGGGACCAGCAUCUUGUUCCCUGGCCAGCUGUCGAUUGCGAACGGCCUGAUGUCUGAUCUGGAGGCGCAGGCGCAGGCCCGCAUACGAGCUUGGGACAAUUCGUUCAGCUCGGCAACGGUGUCUGGCGGCGCCGCCACGGUGAUGCCGUCUCCCGAGAAUGGCAUUAACCGGGCCUUCGCAUUGCUCCCGGUCACCGGAAUGGCGUAUAUUGCCAUGAACGCCAGGUCUGAUUUGCAGGCCGACCUCUUGAAUGCCUUCGAGGGCUUGCAGUGGGGCGACGCUCGCCCUCACCAGCUGUUCAUCGCGCAGGGCAACACGCAGGACACGGCAAUCAACAGCGACCAGUCGGUCACCGGCAAAGGAGACCCCCACCUGGUCAACAUGCGCGGGCAGCGCUUCGACCUCUACCAGCCGGGCACCCACGUGCUCCUCCAGGUCCCCCGGCGCGCGACGCCGCAGGACACCCUGCUGCGGGUGGAGGCCGACGCGCGGCGCAUGGGCGCGGCGUGCGCCGACCUGUACUUCCGGGCCCUGAACAUCACGGGCAGCUGGUCCAACCGGACCGGGGGGCUCCAGUACUCCGCGGACCAGGAGCCCGACGGCCGAGGCUGGAGGAGCUUCGGCGCCGUGGACCUCAAGGUGGUCCGCGGCCGCACCCUGUCGGGCAUCGCGUAUCUCAACGUGCUCGCGAGGCACCUCGGCCGCCUGGCCUGCCCCGUCGGCGGCCUCCUCGGGGAGGACGACCACACCGCCGCGGCCACCGCCGGCCCCGAGUGCAGCGCCGGCCUAGACCUCCGCUCCCGGCGCCCCGCGGGGGCCGCGCUCGCCGCGGCCGAGGCCUGA